ACUUAACAUAUUCAAUAAGUUCAAAAUUGCAAACCAACUUGGUCUGGGUUUAGUAUCACUUUCACUUUGCCUUCUUUCCAAUUUCUCUGUAGUUGUUGUGAAUAUUUAGAACUUUACUUAACGUUAUGUGAUUAUUUGAUGUUGGUAAAAUGUCGGAGAAUAAUGUUGAUCCUGCUGUGAUAAAGAAAACUCAAGAAUCGUUGGGAAAAUUUGUUAAGAAACCUGCGUUGACUGAAAAAUUACUGAAUAAACCUCCUUUUCGAUUUAUCCACGACAUUGUGAACGCUAUAAUCAAAGAGACUGGCUUUCUUGAGGGCUUAUACAGCAAAACUGAACUCAUAUCGGAAAAUAUCAAGGACAGGGAUGCAAAGAUAAACUUUCUACAGAAGCUCAUUGAUGUGAUAAAGUUAACGACAAGUAAGAAUAUUUCGGCCAGACCAUCGAAAAUAGUCGCUGGACAUGAGGCUGAAAAGACAAACGAACUGUUGCAAUUGAUCGGAUUUGCUAUUGAAAAUAAGUUGGAUUACAAACAGGCAAUAGAAACAUUGAAAACGCAAGGCAGCACGGGAAAAACGAAAAGCAUCUCAAAAGAAAAACCACGAGUAAAUCAUAGUAAAGAAGGAAAUGCAAAAGAAAAUAAGCCUACCACAAAGAAAGAUGAUAAUAAGGACAAAAAGUCUUCAAAAACUCAACCUGCUAAAAGUACUAACAUUAAAAAUGCUACCGGGAAAACUGUUGCUGCGUCCAAAACAAGUUCAAAGACCACAACAAAGGGAAAAGAUGCUGCCAGACCAUCGGAAAAGAAAAUUGAAAAGGAAAUAAAAAGUGAAUUGGAAGAAACUAAACCAGUUAAAAAUGAAGGAAAGGCGAAAAGUGAGGAAAAACCAGAUGCGUUGCUAUCAAGCCAAGACAAGGUUGUGACUCCGACAGUGUCUGAAAAUGAUAUUCCGCAGAAGUCUAAACGUAACUCUGCGGAAAACAUAAUAAGUAACGAAAUAAAUAAUAAUAAGGAACUAAAUGGAGUGAUAAGCGCUGAUAAAGAAGCAAGGAAAAGCGUAGACACAGAAUCAGCGCUUUUGCCUCCCCCAAGUGAUAAGGGCGAACCUCCGGUUGAGUUAGCUAAUGGUGAAAGUAAUAAACCGAAGGAACCUACAGGUGAACAGAAGGAUACAAAAGAACCAAAAGAAAGAAAGAAAAGUUCCAGCAAACGAAGAAAAAGCGUUGCAGAAGAAAGUAUAUCUUCAGCAACGGAACGGUCCAAAGGAAGUAGUCAAAAAGUGGGCAAGGAAACUUCAACGCCAGGAUCCAGGAAACCAUCAGAUCCACUGCUAGAUAUUUCUCAACAAUCUCUUAAAGAUACUCCCACCCCGAGUCCCACUGAUGUAAGACGACAAUCGACAUUCGUCCGAGAAGGUUCCCAAAAUGAUACAACGAACGCUCGUCCGAGAACAUCGCUAAGACCACCGAGUGUAAGGCCAGCAUCGGCUCGCCCCGGAGCACCAAGGAGGCGAGACAAAAAUGUCGAAAUCAUUCUACAACCAAACGAUCAAAUGAAAUUGGCUGGGAUCAACGUUAAACUCGAGACCUUUGAAUCACAGCUGGAAGAUGAUGGAGAAAAUCUAGUUAUAGUUGAGAGUGUUGUGCAUGAAAGCGAUAAGAAAGAUGAUGACACUAAAAUUGCUCUGGAUGAGGAGUCUCAGCAGGGCCACCUUGUCCAGCAAAUAUUACAAACUCAGAAGGAAUUGACCCAGUUGGAUUCGGAAACUGGAACCGUUACUAAGCGACAAUCAUCAGCUCGUCAGAUGGAUUCCCUACGUGAUGUUAUUCAAAAUCUGACUCGGUCGAUCAAUCCUCUUGGAAAACUCAUGGAUUUCCUUCCCGAGGAUAUCGAUUCCAUGCAUUUAGAGUUGAAUAUGUGGCGGGACUCAUAUAUUCAAGGAUCUAGUGAAUUGAAAAAGGAGAGAAGUCUCACAGAAUCUGCCAUCGAACCAAUGAGAAAUCAAUUGGCCCAGAUUAACGCUAACAUCAAAGAAUACAAAGAUAUGAUUGAACAGAUUCGUGCAAAGAUUCUACAAAAUUCCGAUAAAAUUCACAAGUUAUUAGCAGAUCAGUAGUGACUUCAAUAAAUAUUUUUUCUAUGAUUCUCAUCAAUUUGUACAUCAGCACUUGCUGGUACUAGUUAAGUAUAAAAAAUUUAAUUUUGUAAAUAAACACAAUGUUGACACUAGAAACA